AUGGCAAUCAAGGCGCAAAGUGUUCGUGUCGGAGUCAUCGGCGGAGGCGCGGCUGGCAUCAUCACGGCCAAGUGUCUGCGAGACGUGGGGCACGAGGUGGUUGUGUUCGAGAAGUCGGGAAAUUUGGGCGGUGUGUGGAAAUAUGACGAGGCUGCGGAUGCCCAGUCGUCGGUGCUGUACAAGUCACUGCACACGAACCUACCGACAGCCAUCAUGCAACUCAAGGAGUUCCCGUUCCAGAAGGGAGUGCCCAGUUUUCCAUCACACGCGGACGUACUGACCUACUUGCAGAACUACUCGAAGCACUACGAGGUGGACAAGUUUGUGCGUCUCAACUCGGCAGUGACAAGUCUGUCAAAGGUCUCCGGUCAAUGGAAGAUUGGCGUGUCGUCAAAGGAGAAGGGGGACUACGAGGAAGGCUUCGACCGCGUCGUGGUCUGUAACGGGCACUUUUCCGAGCCUUCACUCGCAUCGAUUAAAGGUAUUGAGCACUACGGGGACACUGUGUCACAUUCACGAUCAUACCGCACAACCGAUUCGUACAAGGACAAGCGUGUUGUAGUGAUUGGCCGUGGACCAUCAGGUCAAGAUAUUUCUCUGGAACUUGCCCGAAGUGGAGCUGCAAAGGUGGUUGUUGCAACGCUUGACUACGAUCCGAAUGUCAUUGACCCCGAAGACCCGCGUGUACUGAAGCCUGCGAUUGAUCGUAUCGCUGAAGAUGGUUCCGUGGUGUUCACGGAUGGAUCGACCAUUGCUUCACCUGACGAGAUCAUGCACUGCACCGGAUAUCUGUACACGGUCAAGGACCUCUUCCCGUCUGAACUGUUAUUCCCCAAUGCCUUCGCCCAGCCAAAUGACUUGAACGAUCAGAUCGCUGCGGACCUGCUGCAAUGCACGACAAACGGAACUGCUGUGGCCCCCGUCUACAAACAAUUGUUUGCUAUUGAAGACCCCACGGCUGCGUUCGUCGGACUUCCUUUUAGCAACCUGCCGUUCCUCUGCUUCCAGCUCCAAGCUCGUUGGAUAGCACGCGUUUUUGGUGGAUCUGCAGUCCUUCCUUCAAAGGAGGACAUGUACGCGGAUUUCUUCGCUUAUCUUGGCACUCUUAAGGAUGGAGUGAGAAAGCUGCAUCAACUGGGAGCUCGCCAGAAGGAUUAUUUCACGUACCUGGCCGCUCUGUCCAACUUCCAAGUAGGAGAAGAAAUUCACGAGAUCUACGAGGACGCUCGCUUCUUGCGUCAAAACUUUCCGUACAACUACCGGACAGCUGAGUUCACACAGGAUGAAGCUACGGGAAAAUGGGUCCGUCGCAUCAAGUCGCGCGACUCCCCUUCAGAGCUUGUGGAGAAAUUCUCGGGCUAA